GUACAAAAAUGUCGCACUUGAAAAAUUAGUUUUUAACAAUGAACAGUGUUGUGUUGUUUAUGAAAUAAACUCAGACACAAUUUUAACACAAAAAGACUUUCAAAUCAAUUUGUUCUCAAUGGAUUUACAUGCAACCGAAUGUACAAUAAUAAAAUUCAUUAAUUUGUUUUGAAUGUGCUGGAAAAUACAUGGCAAUACACUUAGUUUACGCAAUUCUGAAAUAGAUUUUUUGUGUUCAAUGUUUGACGGCGUCAUGAAAAUUUUUUUAUUUACACACAAUUCUCGUUAAGGAAAUCUAGAUUCAACGCAAAAUUUACGUGCAAUCGGUUUUAUCGUAUUUGUUGUGAACGAUUUUGUAUUCUGUAGCUGCAUUUAUAAUCAUUACGAUACUGUAAAUAAUGAAAUCAACCUUUUGUGUCAGCAUUGCGUGAAAUGACAUUUCUCCUGCAUUUAGCUGCAAAUUAUCCAGAAAAAAGCUAAAAUGGAGUGCGAUGUGGUACCGAACUGCACUCCCGAGGUGGAUCCUCUGGGAAAUUUGGAGAAUUGCGAGUCUCUCUCUGACGAAAGUUGCAGUUAUGGCGAGAAUGCACUGAAUGCACAGAUAAUAUUAUCGAGCACGGACAAUGUUUUCAUACCGGCAACAAAUCUUAAAAUAGAAACAACGUCACCACCAAAACCACAAAUCAAACACAAUCACAGUUUGCGAAAAUCAUUAGCCCGUACGACACAGUCCAGUCCCAGUACGAAUGUAGCGGUGACGUCCACCGCAUCACCAGCAUCCACAAUGCGUGAAGUGUUAGCAUCGAUACCUGGUUUCAGUAUAAAGCCUCAUCGUCGUAGCAAUAAAAAAAUGUCGACGGCGGCGCAAGUUGAACAAAUACGUGAAGGGUGCAUCGAUCUGGAAACUCCUGACUCGAUUUUAGUUACUAAUUUUCGAACCAAUCUGCGUGCAUUACUGAACAAGCAUACAUUUUCGCUGUUGCCUCCGCUUUACCAAUACAAAUUGGUGCAGCUGCUUCCCACCGUCGAUCGGCCACCAAUUGGUCCGGACUCACCAAGCAUAAGACUGAACUCUUCGAGCUUAAAUAAUGAAUUUUUCGCCCGUGCUUGCUUAGAAUGGUGUGAACGACUGUCGGAAGGUGAAUUUAUACCGGAAAACCAGUUGAAACUGAAGACAGAAGCGGAAAAGGAGAAAAGUAAAUUAGAUCCAUGGAAAUUGAAGCAUUUUGAACCGAUAUGGGGUGAGCGAGGACAAUCACAAGCAAAUCGCCAACCACUUAAAACUUCAGCGAAUUUUAAAAAUACCACCGUCGAUCCGGUCACGAGUAGCUCGACGACGCAAGCAAACAAAAGUUUAUCACCGAAUAGUCUGGCACAGCGACGAACAAGAACUGUCGGUGCUGUAACACGAUCGUCAGCUGCUGUUCAAAACAUCGAAAGUCCUACAAAGGUAUCAAAUCCCGUUCCGGACCUACUACCAAUACGUACAAAAUCCCAGCCCAAACCCGUCGAGGAAGUCAUAACAACAACUGAAAUUAAUGAGACAGUCGUUGUUGAUGCAGGUGCAUGUUCAUCAUUAUCCUCUCCAACGGACCUAGUAAAAACGCCCACGAAGAAAAAAACGAGUGAACCUCAACAGUCAUCGGAGCUUGUCGAAAAGCGUUCGCCGCAGAAUAUCCAUCCCGAAGUCCUACCGAUCCCCGCCGAACAACAAUGCAAACGAGCACCAAAACGAUCAGUUAGCCCGGAAAAUGGAAACGGCAAAGUUUCAAAGUACAACAAUGUGCACGACACCGUGGAUUGUAAAGUGAAUGAGAUUGAGGGUGAAGUAAUGCCUGACGUUGCACAUUUACCUGCAACAAAAGAAUGUGAAUCGGUGUUUGAUGUUAGUGCCGAUGACAUUGACAUCAAGUUGGAAGAGUUCCAAAAAAGUGAUGAGGCACCGAGUUCAACGCCAUCGCAUUCGGAACCAAUGAAAAUCGAAAGUGCUGACAUCGCUGAACAGAAUUUGGCCGACAAUGUGAACUUCAUUGACAGUGAAAGUAUCAAAGUAGAAUAUCCAAUCGGCAUUGACGAUAUUCACGACAUAAAUUUGGAGCAUGUGACCAACAAGUUUAACACAAGUAGCAUAGCGUCGGACAAUCUGUCUUCAUUUUGUACCAACGACGAUAAGCUGGACAGCAUUUAUAAGAUACAAAACUUCGAAGGAGUAUUGCAAUUGCAGCCAAAUUUGCUAACAUUGCAGCGCGAACAAUGCGAAUUGGUGUCAUCGAUGCAAAUCGAAGAAAUUGACGAUAUUAUUGGCGAGGUGAAUGUGCCGUGCGACGAUAGCAGUGAUAGUAAUGCGCCAUUGGUUGACUGUAGCGGGGAAAAUAGUGCCGAUACAGCCGUCGAAGAACUGGAACCGACCAUUCAGAACUUAGAUCCGAUGGAAGACGAUCCCAUCGAACAGAAGUUUACAGAUGCUGAGAAUUAUGUUCUGGAAUCGGGUGAAAUCAGUGCGGAUAGUGGAGGUUCAAACAGUUUGCCUGUCGACAGCAAAUUAAAUAGAAACGACGAACUGUUUGCUGUGGCAAUGGCUAGAGCAUUUGAUACCGUGCCUGGCAAUGUGGGAAUGACUGUGGUGGCUCCAACCACAAAUACGGAAGUGAUACCCAUGCAGGAGACAUUGGAAGUUCGUCUGAAAGAGAGCACCUAUCAAGUGGUCUCGGAUUGGCCAUUUGCCGUAAAAAUGGAGAACAUUUGCCAGGAUAAUAUUGAAUCGUCUGAUUCGUACAGCGACUGCAAACCAAUGCAAGCGAAUACGAAACAACCUACGCAACAUCCCAUAUAUUCAACAGCUUCUCAGGUGAAGCUGGAGCUCGAGGUAACCCUAACGCCAGAAGCCGAAGUAUCGAGUACGGUGGCAAGCAAUAAUUCAAACAAUUCAUGUGAUAGUGACCAGAGUAAUGACGAUCAGCUGAAAUCGACAUCGUCGAAGUGUAUUCCAACUGUCAUUCCGCCAACGACAAUAGUUUGCCUACCGUCGUUGGUAACAGUAUCGAAUUUAACAGGACAACAGACAACGAACAGUCAACAGACUACGUACUUGGGUUCCGUAAAUAAUCCCCAACAGAAGUCAUUGCCCACUCCAAAUAGCUACAGCAAUAAUUUCCAACGCAUUUCAAUGAAUCAAGUGGUGCAACCGCAACGAACAACGGCUGUAGUAGCCAGUUCGAGUGCCGUCCCAUAUUUGUCAUUGGCGACGACACAGCCUCUACGAGCUGUACCGAAUACACAGCAAAUUCGCCAGAAAAUACCAGUGAAAGGUGGACGAGGACGAACAAGCAGCAACAGACCACCGCCCGGUGCAGUGAAUUUGGAGCGAAGCUAUCAAAUUUGUCAGGCUGUUAUCCAAAACAGUCCCAAUCGACACCAAUUAAAGGCACACCUGAAACCGCCACCGGCAUUGUUUGGAUCGAACGUCAAAAAGGAUGAGAACAGCAGCAACACUGGCAAUAAAACGAUGAACGGACAACCGCGCGUUGCAUUUUCAAAGAAAGGAUUCGUUCAACGUCAACCAUCGCCUGUUCUGGUACGGCAUGUAUUUACAACAAAUCAAGGUAUCCCUGUAUCAAUGGCCGUGCUACCAUCUGGAAUGCAUCCUCAAAAUUACCAGUCCGAUUCUCAACAAAUUACAACAAGCCAUCCAUCCGGACAAUACAUUCUGGUUCAACGGGCAGUGCCUGGUGAAAAUCCUGCUCCAAGAGCGUCCAGUGCACCACCAGCACAAAAUCAGCAAACAAUAACCACAUCACAUACACAAAUGAGCAGUCGUGGUCGUCCGGCAUCCGUCGACGUUGAUCCGCAAAAUGAGUCUAUGCAAGAAGUGCAGCACAUCGUUGAAUCAAACAAUGGCACUCAAUCGAUGACCAGAAAAGUGCCCAAUCAAGGUUUUGUCUACGGUGACUUAAGUAUGGAUUCGUCGUACCAACACUAUUCCGGCGAAAAUACACCACCAAAUUGUGCGUGUGCAUUGAAUCCGAUGGUUAUUUGUCAGCAAUGUGGAGCAUUCUGCCACGACGAAUGUAUGGGAUCGUCUAAACUUUGUCUAACUUGUGUGAUCAGAUGAAUCUUUCUCUUUUUUUCUGAAUUUUUCGUUUUACAUUUUAGUUAAAUGUGUUAUACAUAGGUAAUGCAUUUAUUUAUUUUAUAUUUUUCAUUCAAAAUAGCAUUAAAAAUUUGAAUUUUAAGAAACACAAA